UGGUUCCUCUCGGGUCCUUCCGGCGUCGCCGGAGUGAAUUGAUCUGGGAGUUGAAGAGGGCUCCAAAGGUGGCAAGUGGAGUUAGUGCUUCAGUUGCCGGGAAGAAAUACUGCAGUGAAUGAAGAUUCCUCUGCAUUUUAGCACUGCGUUUUCUCCUGUAGUUGGCUUUUGAAUGAGGAUGACAAUGGAAGAGAUGAAGAAUGAAGCUGAGACCACUUCCAUGGUUUCUAUGCCUCUCUAUGCAGUCAUGUAUCCUGUGUUUAAUGAGCUAGAACGAGUAAAUCUGUCUGCAGCUCAGACACUGAGAGCGGCUUUCAUUAAGGCUGAAAAAGAAAAUCCAGGUCUCACACAAGACAUCAUUAUGAAAAUUUUAGAGAAAAAAAGUGUAGAAGUUAACUUCACAGAAUCCCUUCUUCGUAUGGCAGCUGAUGAUGUAGAAGAAUAUAUGAUUGAACGACCAGAGCCAGAGUUCCAGGACCUAAAUGAAAAGGCACGAGCACUUAAACAAAUUCUCAGUAAGAUCCCAGAUGAGAUCAAUGACAGAGUCCGGUUUUUGCAGACAAUCAAGGAUAUAGCUAGUGCAAUAAAAGAACUUCUUGAUACAGUGAAUAAUGUCUUCAAGAAAUACCAAUACCAGAAUCGCAGGGCACUUGAACACCAAAAGAAAGAAUUUGUAAAGUACUCCAAAAGUUUCAGUGAUACUCUGAAAACCUAUUUUAAAGAUGGCAAGGCAAUAAAUGUGUUCAUAAGUGCCAACCGACUUAUUCAUCAAACCAACUUGAUACUUCAGACCUUCAAAACUGUGGCCUGAAAGUUGUAUAUGUUAAGAGAUGUACUUCUCAGUGGCAGUAUUGAACUGCCUUUAUCUGUAAAUUUUAAAGUUUGACUGUAUAAAUUAUCAGUCCCUCUUGAAGGGACCUAAUGUAGGAUGUUGAAUGGGAUUAUUGCCAUCUUACACCAUAUUUUUGUAAAAUGUAGCUUAAUCAUAAUCUCACACUGAAGAUUUUGCAUCACUUUUGCUAUUAUCAUUCUUUUAAGAAUUAUAAGCCAAAAGAAUUUACGCCUUAAUGUGUCAUUAUAUAACAUUCCUUAAAAGAAUUGUAAAUAUUGGUGUUUGUUUCUGACAUUUUAACUUGAAAGCGAUAUGCUGCAAGAUAAUGUAUUUAACAAUAUUUGGUGGCAAAUAUUCAAUAAAUAGUUUACAUCUGUUAAAUAUUUCUUUACUUGAAAAAGUGUGUGUGUGUGAACGAUCAGAAGACCUAGACAACUUGGUGUAAUAUCUAAAGAACUUCUAACGGGAUCUUAUUAGCAACAAGAAUUCCUAUUUUUUGCCCUUUAUCACUUUGGGCAAAAAUUAGUCAAUGGAAAUAUUUGCAUUAGUUAUUACAUAUGAGGUACUUAAUAUUUUUUCAUUGUUUUCAGCUUGUUUUAAGACUUGUGAGAAAGGGCUGGUAGUUUAGUGGUGUCUUCGCACUGUAAUGCCACUUUUUGAACUCUGUGACAAUGUAGAUUUGACUCUGAGAAAUUAAGUGUUUCUGGUAUGCUAGGCCCUAAUAAGCAUUGUACAUUUUUUUCCCAAAAAAUGGCCACAGUUAGUAAUUUGAAGCUAUACCAAUGGCUAGUUGGUUUGAAAUUAUCAUGAGUGUUAUUAUUAUAUACACUCUUUAAAUAUGUAUAGCUUUGUUUCACAAUAGAGAAUUUUUAAGGAAAUUGUAAUCAAGUAUUCAUGCUAAGUGAUGAUUUCACUUUUCAUUUAUGAUAAAGGAAAAAAUCAGAGUAUGUUCA